CUGCCGUAAUAGCGCCGCGCUUUACGAUAUCGCCGUAAAGAAAAGGAGGAAGCAGCCGGUGGUGUGUUGCUGGGUGAGCUCAGGCCGCCAUGGACCGGAGGAAGAAGCCGCUGGAUGUGGCUGCCUCCUCGUUGGUAGAUCUCAAAGCUGAGCUCUUCCGCAAGCAAGAAGAAUUCAAGAAGGAAAAGCUACUGAAAGAUGCCGGCAUCUUCGCAAAGCCUAAACCCACUAAUAAGAAACCAAGCAUCUGGACCAAACAAAACACAGGAGUUGCAAAACGAGCUGAGAAAGAUAUUGAGCAGAAGGCAGAAGAGGAUCAAACCUUAGAUCAAUCAAGGAAGAAACUUGAAGAGAAAGCAAAGCUGUAUGAGAAGAUGACAAAAGGCGAUUUCCCAGAUGAAGAAACUGAAGACUUGUACCUAGUGGAUUUCACUCAGAAGAUCAUAGACAAACAGCGAGAAGUACAGGAACUGCAUCAGAACGAAACUGAUAGAAAGACUUUAGAAAAGGAGACAGAUGAUGAGGAAAUUGAGCCAGAAAUGGAAAUACCACCACCAGAAGACCCAGAUGAAGAAUGGGUUGAUUACGUUGAUUCCUUGGGCCGCUCUAGACGCUGUAUGAAGAAGGAUUUGCCAGGUAUUCUUAAAAUGGAUCAGGAACUUCAAGGGAAAAGACUGGACCCUGAUGGGAACACACUGUUAUCUGAAGAUAUGAAAAGAGAACUUCAGAGGCAGCAAUGGGAAAAAGAAGAAGAAGAAGCCCUUCGAAAACCCAUGGGGCCCAUUCAUUAUGAGGACAUUCGAGAAAAUGAGGCCAGACAGCUUGGUGUUGGUUACUUUGCCUUUUCUCGUGACCAGGAUCUAAGGCAUAAACAACGGGCAACACUGGAUAUGCUAAGAGAGCAGACACUGGAUCAAAGAACUAAACGUGAACAGUUAAAAGAAAAAAGAAAGGCAGCUCUAGAAUCCAGGCUGUCUAAACUUCGAGCACGGAAGGUGAAGAAGUUAAGGGAAGAAGGAUUAGAAGAAGAGGCAGAAAGACUGGAGAAUGGAGAGGUGAAAGAAGCCACUAGUCCAGUAGAAGCUGAACCUGAAGUUCCAAGACCAAGCAGAAAGGUAGAGGUUGUCAUCCAGGAGAGAAGAGAUACAAAGCCUGGCGUGCCCUAUGUCCGUGAGUGGGAUAAAGGCAAAGAGCUGAUGUUUGGACAAUGGUCGAAGAAGCAGGAAGAACUCAGAGAUGAGCGAGAUCCAGAAUUUGCACCACCUUCUGAUUACUUUAUGGGACAGAAGAAAGGCGAUAGUUACAGCAGCCAGAAUUUGAGCAGUCCUGAAACCUCCCCUGGAAGAACAGAACCAGAAAUAUCAGAGGACCAAAAGAAAUCAGCGCAGGCCAGCACCCACAGAGCUGAAGUUGUGCCACCAUCUGUGCAAGCAUACAGCAACAGUGGUCAAGGUGCAGAAGCCUCUGGCAGCGUUGCUGAAGAUGGAUCAACGUCAGAGGAGACUGACAGCAGUGAUGAGCAGGAUGGGCUGCCAUCAGCACACCCCUAUAUCUGUGGGGCACAGAACAUGCCACCACCAAUGCCAGCUUAUGGCUAUGGUGCUCAUCAUGUGCUGCCACCAAUGCCAGCUUACGGCUAUGGUGCUCAUCAUGUGCUGCCACCAGUGCAGCCUUAUGGCUACGGUGCCCCACAUAUGAUGCCACCAAUGCAGCCUUAUGGCUACGGCGCUCCAAAUGUGCCAUUUUCAAUGCACGCUUAUGGUUAUGGAACCCAGGAUGUGCCACCACCAGUGCAGGCCUGUGACUGCAGCACUCAGGAUGCAGCACAACCAGUGCAGGCCUGUGACUGCAGCACUCAGGAUGCAGCACCAUCAGUGCAGGCCUGUGAUGGCAGCACUCAGGAUGCACCUCCUCCAGGGCAGACACAGAGUGGUGAUGCACAAAAUCAGGAACUACUUUACCAAAGUUUAGAUGAUAUGCUGUCGUAUUACAGACAAGUGACUUGAACUGAGUGGAAAAACAGGAAUUGUAUUCUAAAGAUCUGGAGUAGAAUUAUCUUCUGAGCAAGAGUGUUAUUUUCCUAUAUCUGGGAAAAAUAAGUUUGUGUAAGUAGAUGAAAAUAAAUUUCCUAGAGAAUUAAGUUACCUUAUAUUACA